AUGGCAAAUCGAUACAAACGGUCUAGCUGGGCUUCUUUGCCACAAAAAGGGCAGUUGUUCGUUCUAUGCACGAUCCGAAUAACUGAGCCUAUCACAGUAUUCUGCUUCAACUCAUAUAUCUUUUACCAGCUCCGGCAUUUCGACCCAAGCUUACCAGAUGACGAGAUCAUAAGACAGGCAUCGAAUCUUCGGUCAGUUUAUAUGCUGACUCAGUGUGUUUCGUCUUUCCUCUGGGGUCGCAUCGCAGACUCACCGCUAGGUGGAAGGAAACUUGCCUUACUUGUCGCCUUGAGCUGCUCAUUUAUAAGCAGUCUAUCUCUUUGCUUCGUUUCAAAUUAUAAACAAAUUCUCAUUGUUCAGGCUGCACAAGGUUUCUCAAAUAAUAACACAGCUAUUGUGAGGACGCUAGUUUCUGAGAUGGUACCACAAAAGCGGUUCCAAGCUAGAGCAUUUAUAUUGCUGCCGAUGUGCACAAGUCUUGCAUCAGUCCUUGGCCCACUCAUAGCAGGCUUAACAGUCGAAGCCAAUCCUCAAACACAAAUCAACAACCAAUCCUUGCUACAGAGAUAUCCCUAUGCAUUACCACCUUUAAUCAACUCCGCGCUGCUACUAGUACCACUGUUAGCAACCUUCUUCUUUCUCGAGGAGACCUUAGAACCCUUACGUAAAAGAUACGACCCCGGAAUCGCAGUCUCCCGAAGGCUUGUUUCAUUGGUCUUCAGCUCAACUAGAAAUGAACUGGCACAUUAUGAGGCAAUCCCUGUUGAGAUCGAUGAAGAUAGGGAAAUGGAGUUUUUAGAUAGAACGGAAAAUGAUGAUCAAAGCAACUCAUCAAUGCGAUCAAACUCUAUUCCAGAGGGAGAUGUAAUCGGGAACAAGACAGAGUAUUCGUUGCCAACACCUCGGACGUUUACCAAGAAGAUAAUGCUUGUGCUAUUGGCAGGGGUUCUUCUGGACAUACAAGUAGGCGUAACCAGUGACGCCAUGAACAAUCUGUUGAGUUUUCCUGUGGCAACCGAAGAGCAGGAACGUCAAAUGAUGCUGCCAUUUCAAUUCAGUGGCGGUGCUGGAUUCAAACCAAGCUCACUCGCGUGGACCACGUGUGUAUUUGGCAUUUUGGGGCUGCCAUUUCAGCUAUCGUUAUAUCCUCGAAUCAUCCAGAGCCUGGGAGUACUGAAAACCUGGAGGUACUUCAUGUUCACAUUCCCCUCGAUAUGGUUUCUGUAUCCAUACAUCGCCGUUCUGCCUUCGAGCACACCUUCACCCUCAGAAAAAACUGGAUUUAUCAUCUGGGGGUUCAUAAUAUCCCUCGCUACUGUAACAGGCCUUUUUGUAGGCUGCGUGAUGGUUUGCCAGCUCAUGCUUGUAGCACAAUCAUCACCACAUCCCUCUACCCUAGCAAAAACUCAGAGCAUUGCCUUCUUUUUCUCUACAGCAACCAGGGCGUGUAGCUCAGCUGUAUCAGGUGUUCUCCUUGCAUAUGGUUUAGAUUGGAACCUAACUGGUCUACCGUUCUGGCUUAGCGCUCUAGUAGGCAUGAUCGCAAUCGGCAUGAAUGCAUUUAUAAAAGAAGAGGACAUUUUGAGUAGCUAA